UCUGCUCCUAUACGCGAUUCACGGGGGAAAGAUGGUCGCGAGUACCCGUGUACAGAAGCUCCUCAGACGGUAUAAACUCGUAAUCGCGGCCGGUUUAACGAUCUUGCUGAUCCAGGGACUGGUGGUAUGGAGCCUGCGGAGUCUGGAGGAAGGAGAGGCUGAGCGGAAACACAGGCGGUCGAAGUUGCCCGACCACAAUGGGCAGGAGCAGAAGGUGGACCCCGUGGCCUUUGAGAGGCAAAACGCUCUGUCGGGGGCGAACCACGGCCAGUCCAGGCAGCGCCAGGAUCAACCCGCCGUCACCACCAUCAUCAGAAGGGGGUCCAGACGAAGAAACAAGCCUUCUGUGAAGGACAAGAAUGUGGGCCGGCCCGAAGAUGGCGUGGCGGUUGAAAAAGCCGCCCAUUAUGAUCCCUCGAGCAGCCGUAACUUCAGCGAGUCGCGGACAGGGGAAAUGGCCAAAAUCCAUCUGGCAGCACCUGGAGAACCGGGCAGCGUUGAGGGUGCUCCUCAAGUCCCCAACAGUGACUUUGUGCCCAAAUGUGAGAUCUCGGGCAAGGACGCCCUCUCUGCCCUCCACCGUGCGGGUUCACGGCAGUGCAGACAGGAGAUCGCCAACAUCGUGUGCCAACACCAAGCGGGACAGCUCAUGCCUCAGUCUCUGCCUCAGUUUUGCCCACAGCAUGUGAUCUCCAGCGCGGUCCAGCACGCAGAUUUUACUGACACUGACCUCUCCAAGGUGGAGAACCCCGUCAGGGUGGUCUUCAUGCUGGUGGUCCAUGGACGAGCAGUUCGACAGUUGAAACGUCUCCUCAAAGCCAUCUAUCACAAAGACCACUUUUAUUACAUCCAUGUGGACAAGCGCUCAAACUACAUGCACAGGGAGGUGCUGCAGAUGGCGGAGAUCUACCCCAAUGUAAGAGCUACACCCUGGCGGAUGGUCACCAUCUGGGGCGGGGCCAGUCUGCUGAAGGCCUACCUGCACAGCAUGCAUGACCUGCUGUCCAUGCUGGACUGGAAGUGGGAUUUCUUCAUCAACCUCAGUGCCACGGACUUCCCCACAAGGACCAAUGAUGAGCUUGUGGCUUUUCUCUCCCAGAACCGUGACAAGAACUUCCUGAAGUCUCACGGCAGAGAAAACGCAAGGUUCAUUAAGAAGCAGGGUUUGGACCGCCUGUUUCACGAAUGUGACAACCACAUGUGGCGUCUGGGCGAGCGCACCAUCCCCGAGGGGCUGGAGGUGUCAGGAGGCUCGGACUGGUUCUCCCUCACGCGCAAGUUUGUGGAGUAUGUGGUAAACUCACAAGACGAGCUGGUGACGGGACUCAAGCAGUUUUACACCUACGCUCUUCUGCCUGCUGAGUCUUUCUUUCACACAGUGCUGGGAAACAGCCACAUGUGCGAUACUUUGGUGGACAAUAAUCUGCGUGUCACCAACUGGAACCGGAAGUUGGGCUGCAAGUGCCAGUAUAAGCACAUUGUGGACUGGUGCGGCUGUUCACCAAAUGACUUCAAACCCUCAGACCUCAUCAGAAUACAGCAACUAACACGGCCCACGUUCUUCGCUCGUAAGUUUGAGUCCACAGUGAACCAAGAGUCUAUUGAGAUUUUGGACAAUCAUCUAUAUGGGCAGUACCCUCCGGGCACAGUGGCACUGAAAGCGUACUGGGAGAGCCUGUUUGAGCAGGCUGAUGGGGUCUCGUCCCUCAAUGAUGUGGCCCUCACGGCGUACUCCUCCUUCUUUAGACUGGGCCUCCGUAAGCAGGAGACUUCUCAAAGCGGUUCUGAGGCCUGCAGGUUUGAACCUAUUGGAUACCCGGUCUCUGUGCACCUGUAUUUUUAUGAUGACCGUUUCCAGGGUUAUCUGGUUAGGCAGGAGGUGCAGAAUGUGAUGACCAGGUCCCGUGAGAUGCUGGAGGUGUGGGCUGUUCCUCAAGCAACUAUGCAGCUGGAACACAACCUUCAUGAGUUUGAGCGUCUCAAACACCUUGAGGUCGGAACCGAGUGGGACCCAAAGGAGCGAAUAUUCCGUAACUUUGGUGGUGUGAUGGGACCCUUAGACGAGCCGGUGGCAGUCCAGAAGUGGGCUCGUGGACCCAACCUGACAGCCACCAUAGUGUGGAUUGACCCAGCACACAUAGUAGCAGCCUCUUAUGACAUCAGCAUAGACGUUGAGGCAGAAUUUACCCAAUACAAGCCUCCACUCCAGCGCCCCCUCAGGCCUGGAGUGUGGAUGGUGCGUGUGCUGCGGUUGUGGGAGCGUGUAGCUGAAGCUCGGUUUCUGGUCAUGCCUCUGGCCUUUAAGGGACGUGAGCCCCUGCGCAAAGAAGACCAUGGUUGGGUACAUGCAGGUCCACCAGGUAACGUGUAUUUGGAGCAAAGCUUCCAGCAGCUCUCCCAUGUGUUGAAGCUCCCACCCAGUGAGCCCGCCCUGCAGGAGGCGCAGAAAAAGACCUCCCUGGUGGGGAAGCCACUCGAGGCCUGGGUGGACAGCUCUCUCGGGGCUUUCUGGGUCACGGGAGACAUUUGCUCUGAGCAGACCUCCUCCUGUACCACCACAGGACUCUGCACCAAGACAUCUUGGAGUUCCUUUUCCCCCGACCCCAAAUCAGAACUGGGGCCAGUCAAAAAAAACGGUCGCAUUAGGUAGCCUUGCAAGCUCGAACAAAUGGAGCAUAGCGACAAAGGCCCUGAAGAACAGUCCACAAGAGUAAUGUUUACGAGUUGUGGUCUUCAAGACCAUCCCAUUACUAGUCAAGGCACCUUCUGUUGAGGGCGGGAACUGGUUGAGGGUGAAUUUACGAGAAAAACAAAUUUGCACAAGAAGACUGCCAGAAGUGGACAUGUGAGUCUUGCUUUUAUAAAUCAAUGUUCAGAUGUCAUCUAAAUACGUUGUUACAAGGUUUGGAGUCUUAUUAGCACAUAGUUUACGGUGUGGGUUUGUGAUACAAAGACCCAAAUCUCAACGAUUUUACACUUUUAUUCUUUGUUACGAGAAAAAACUGUGCACAUUAUUUUCCUCUGUAAAACAGUGGUCAAAAUUGGUAUUUGAAGCUGUUGGAGGCAAGUGGCUGGAGUCCUCUGGCUGUAUCGCUAUGCUUAUUUUGAAGCAUUUAAUAUCAAAACUUCAGAAGCAGAUUGAAGAAGUGCACUUUACUGUAAGACAGAGCUCCCUCCCGAUUGGCCGAGUCUUCGCAUAGGAGACGGAGCUUGUAGAAUCGUCAUGAAUUUCUGCCAGUGGAAUGAUACAUUCUCUUACGUGACACGAUUGAGCUUCUCGGAGAUGCAGCACUGCAUGGAAUCAUCGCAUAUAGCAACAAAACAAACACUAACAAACGCCGUCCGUCAGGAAACAAGAGUCUGAGUUUCGUAAUACUGUGACUUUGUCGUCGUUGAAUGUCCUUUUAGUUGAAAAACACCUCAUCUGGAGGACCUGCUUCGAGUUUGCUCAGCUGCACACAAAUCACAAAGUACGAGGAACGUGGAUUGAAAUAUGAGACUGCCUGAAGAUCUGACCCUGCUGAAGAUCAGUCCGUGAUCUGUCGCUCAUACAUACACUUGUGCUUGUAUAACGUGUUAUAUUUCACACUUAAUUCUGGUCUUCCACGAGUUUGUUUCUCAACUACGAAUCAUUUUUAAUACUCUUUCUUGAACUAAAGCUGGUGGAGAACAGCACAAGAGCUUGAGACUUGAGUUACACUAGCUGCUCCGAUGUCCAUAAAUAAGUGUAUUUAGAGGAAUAUUUCACAUAAUCACGUCGAACCUUUUGACUUUCUUCUGUGGAGCACAAAAGAAGACCUUACAAGUGAUGGGUCAGAUGAACGAAUGAAUGGAAAUGACUUGUUUGCUAUAUUCAGUGUUCUUAUUCUUUAAUAUCCUGUAUUUUAAAAAAAAUCCAUUUCUGUAUUCCAAGCUACCAUUCUGUGAAGUUAUGAGACAUUCAAGAACAAUGGCAUUUGGUGUCAUUGGAUGGAAAACGCAAAAAUAAUAGAUAGAUAGAUGCAUGCAAAAAUGAAGAUUUCAUGACAGAGAGGGCGAUUUUAGUGACUUCGUUGAACCAAAAAUUUUAACUCUGUCAUGAUUUCAGCUUCAAGACUUUGGUUGAUCUUUGAAACAUAAAUGCAUUUUUAAUGGAAUCUAAAAGAUAUUCAAUCAAAAUCAAACCACUUCCGCAUUGAUCUCCAAUACAUGUUUAAGAGAGAAAUGCACUUUGUAAUGCAGUCUUACUGAUUUAUUUAAGCUGUGGUAUCCAAGAAGUUCACAUUUUAGCCCUAUAAGCAAAAUUAGCUACGUAACGAACGUCAUAUAUCAUUAUCACAACAUUAUCAUAGAUUUUUAUUAUUAUUAUUAUACAAAACAAAUAAAAUUGGGAUUAUACCUCUGCAGUAACUGGGAUUACAUUUCUGAUGACCUUUUUAAAGCUUGAAAAUGUUGAUUGAAUGGAAUUUAAAUGGAGGUUUCAUUAAAAUCUCUUCAUGUGUGUUUCUAAGGUAAAUUAAAGUCUUCAGUUUGUUCCCCACACAAAGCUAUCACAUGAUGCCGUGUGUGAGUCUUGAGGUUAAACUUGAGGUUCUGCUUCUUUCUGUGUUCUACUGAAGAAAGUCAUAGAGCUGUCCCUUUAAAUUCACAAUACACUUCAGAUUGGAAAAGAGUCUGUUUUAAUGUGUCAUAGCUGGUUAUUACCGUUUUUAACCACCCACGUUUGUCCAUUUAUGUGUGCUGUUUUGCUUUCUUGCCUUCCAAUGAAGACAAUAAGAAACAUAAGUUCAAACUAAUGUGUCUUGUACUACAUGCUGCUUUUAUUUGGCAAAUACAAUGCUUCUUUUAUGGUAGAUUUUAAAUGCACCGUGUUUCAAAGAUGCUGUUUCAGGUUUUGAUUUGCCGAUCGGAAAACUCUGUUCAUUUGUUUUUUAGGUUUAAAGUGUCCUUUUUCUCUUCAUGUACGUGCUUCAAUGAAGCUUUUGUGGUAUCAAAAGAAACAAGUGAAAAUAGGAUGUAAAGAAUGAAUGAAUGAAUGCUAUUUUUGUAUUUAAAGUCAUAUUUUAACCUGUCGGUGAGAACUUGAGAAUGCUGCUUCAGCUUUUGUUUUACGUUCAUCAUCAGCCUCACAGGGUCUCUGUGGGCUGUGAACACCAGUCUUAACCUGAAAGUUUGAGACGCGUUGAACCCGAGCCUUUUUAGGGCCAGGGGGCGGCAACAGAUGACACAUGAUGGCACAAUAAAGAUGUGAAAUCAA